CCCGAGCCCGUCGAAAGAAUCUUUGGGUCACACGGAAAGACGGCAAGUAUAGAAGGAGAUUCCUCCGUCUGUUGGCCCAACGCGCGACGUCGUGCCUGAGCAUCAAAUAGCCUUCCAGGAUGUUACGACAGCCUCUCGCAUCGCAUAACGCCAACUUGCCCGACGCGCCGCCACAGUCGCCGACAGGCAAGCUCAAUGGCGCGCCGAGCCCGAGCAAGCAGCUAGCUUCCAGCUUCAGCAAACGAGCCUCACCCAGCUCGCCAGCCGGCAACAAAAGUGUGCCGAGCUUGACGAUUUCCUCGGAUGCCUUCUUUGUGCCCCUUGCACCCGCGCCUGCAUCUAUCGACGCGGCCUCACAUCAGCAGGAUGAGGGCUUACCUGGCAAGAUCGAGAAACCGCUCGAGAGCCCCUCGAAGCAUCUCGGCUUUCCUGGCGCCUUUGAUCCCAACGCGAUCAAAGAGGCAGCUCCGAAUUCGACACCCUCUACGCCCGCCCUGUCACUCACACUCACGGCAGCCUCGUUGACGCCCAUGACGCCCAAGACCCAGAUGACGCCUAUCAUGCGACAGGGCAGCAUUGGCGCUAGUCCCGUCUCCUAUUCUCCCGGUCCCCCUUCGCCAUUUCCAUGGCGCACCUUUCAAAAUUCGCCGAAAGAGGUCGCGCGAGGUUCAGUCGGUCUCGAGCCGUCACGUUCGCUGAGUCGGCAGGGCUCGACCGGUAGCUUCCGCUCCGGCAUUUCCACGCCACGCACGCCAACGGGCUUUGAGCAUCUCGACUUUGGCGCAGAUUACUUCUCUGCGGCCUUUGAUGACAAGCCAGAGGAGAAGCGACCGCCCCGCUCAUUCGAUUGGGAAUUCUGGGCAGAUCCUUCAAAUGAUGUCGCAGACUUCUCCUUCGAAGGCGCUGCACCGAUAUUGGCAGAUGAACAACAAGGCACUCUAGCUUCACCCCUCGAUACAGAUAGCGAGGCGCACAAAGACUCGCUCAACCCGCUACCAACACCCCCAGAUUCGACGGCGGUCUCUCCCAUCGACUCAGCGCCUCAGAUCGAGUCAUCGGAAUCGACCCACAGAUUGCAGCCUGAUCUCCUCAAAAGAAGGCUUGGUCCUGCCGAGAUCUCAUACUAUCUCAGCUCGAGAUGUGCGCCUGGACGUGAGGCAGAUGGCGGCGUCAACGAUAUGUACCUUCACAUUGGCUUCCGUUCGACACCCCGCCUCGUGGCUCAAGAGCGUAUCCUCGCCAUUUGGACGGAAAUGCGUCUGCGUCAUCCUCUGCUGGCCAGCAGCGUCGAAUUCCAAGACUACGAAGACAUUCGCUUCGUGUACAAGCAUCCUGCAGAUAAAGCGACGGCGUUCAGGCGAGCUCUGCGCAGCACGGAGCUCCGCUACAACCAGCCACGUGAUGACAUGCUGGACUCGUAUCUGAACGGCGUGCGCACGCUUCACGACGAUAAGCUCGCAGCUCUGCUUAUAACCUCACCUCAAGCUGAGCCGAUCGAAAGCGAGCUCGAUACCGAACGCGAAUAUGACUACUGGCUCUUCGCGACUCAUUUCCUCGGUGAUGGCAUGGCUUUGCACACAUUCUCCAACGAGUUCUUUGGCAUGCUCGGUGGCGGUCUAGAAACGCUAGAGGCAGAGAACAAGCUCAUGUGGAAACAGGACCAGGAGGAACUUGCUUUGCCUUUCCUCCAAGCUAUGCCUUGCGCAAUGGAGUCUCGCCUCGAGACGCCGGCAAGCUGGGGCAGAACAGCUUGGGCUGCGGCGCGCGUUGAAUUUAACAACAGCCAGAAGCGACUCAUUGGCGGUCAAACACUUCCGCGAGAAAAGCGCGGCGCGCGGAAGACGCUCGUCCCCACGAUCUCUUACUCGCCCGAAGACAGCGCAAAGAUUGUCAAGUCUUGCAAAGCGCAUGGCGUCAGCAUUGCACACGCCGCGUUUGCACUCGUCAACAUUGCGCACUUGCGGAUGCAGCAAAGAGCCGAAGCAUCUGCAAAGCCUCACAAUCCGGCAUUGCCAACAAUGCUGUACUCUGCCCUCAACCUGCGACCGCAGCUCGCGCCCCUGCCCAAGACAGGUGACGAGACACUAGACGCGAUUGUUCCGAGCUACUUCAGCAUCGCCAUCGGCUACUAUAAUGUCAUUUUGCCAUCCUUUUUGCCCAGCGACCUCACUGCCGAGCAAGUCUUUUGGCAUCGCUCAAAGGUCACGAAGGAGCAGACGAUCAAAGCGACAAAGAACAAAUGGCUGAUUCCGCGUAGCAAGCUCAUGUCGCUCGAACGCGAGCGUCGCUCUAUUGGCUGGGAACAGGAGGACGAUCGCAAGCGCGCCAACAAGCUCGCCGGUCUCGGCUUCGAACUCGUCAAACCGAGCAAGGUCGUUGCGGCCAAUGCAGCAUCGGCAGCGCCAAAGAUCAGCAAACCAGCACCUUCAGCACCACCUUCACUCGCACUGAUGGGCUUGAGCAUGCUCGGCCCGCUCGACGGAAUGUACAAACACGCUACAUUCCCAGAUGUCAAGCUUCACACACUCACGACUGGCAGCCGACAGCGACCUGGCGGCAUGCUCCUCUUUGCGUAUACCUUUGCCGGCCGAAUGUGGUUCUCAUUAGGAUACGACUCGACGGGCUUUGCAGAGGGCGUCGUCGAAGAACUGUGGCAAGGCAUGCAAGAUGGCAUCCAGGAGUUCAUGCUUCAGUAAC